GUCCUUCAAUUCUUUGUUUCUCUCCUCUUUUUCCUCCUCCCUCUUUUCCUUUCUCUUCCACUCCUCCAUUUCCUACAUGAAAAUGGAUGGUUCAAUCUUCUAGUACUUUCAUCAUUUUCCAUCAUCUUUCUUGUUUCUUGAGGUACAGAAAAGCAAUAUGGAGAAGAAAGGAGCUAUAUUGAUGAAUAGAUAUGAGAUAGGGAGAUUACUUGGACAAGGGACUUUUGCAAAGGUCUACCAUGCAAGAAAUCUCCAAUCAGGCCAAAGCGUCGCCAUUAAGAUUAUCGAUAAACAGAAGGUUUUAAAGAGUGGUUUAAUAGAUCAAAUCAAAACAGAAAUUUCUGUUAUGAGACUUGUUAGACAUCCCAAUAUUGUUCAACUGUAUGAAGUCAUGGCUAGCAAAACCAAGAUUUAUUUUGCUAUGGAGUAUGUUAAAGGUGGUGAGCUAUUUAACAAAGUUGUUAAGGGAAAACUCAAAGAAGAUGCUGCAAGAAAAUAUUUUCAACAGUUAAUUGGAGCAGUUGAAUUUUGCCAUAGUCGCGGGGUUUAUCACAGAGACAUCAAGCCUGAAAACCUUCUUCUUGAUGAAAAUGGUGAUUUGAAAAUAUCGGAUUUCGGUUUGAGUGCAUUGUUUGAUCAAUCAAGAAAGCAAGAUGGUCUUCUUCACACAACUUGUGGAACUCCUGCUUAUGUUGCUCCAGAAAUUAUUAACAAAGGAGGGUAUGAUGGCUCUAAAGCUGAUAUAUGGUCUUGUGGAGUUGUUCUUUUCGUUCUUUUGGCGGGGUAUCUUCCAUUUAAUCAUCCAAAUUUAAUGGAAAUGUAUAAAAAGAUUGUUAGAGCAGAAUUCAAAUUCCCUAGUUGGGUUCAGCCAGAGGCGCGAAAGCUUCUGUCAAUGAUUCUUGACCCAAGCCCUAAUUCAAGAAUCACUAUAGCCAAAAUAAUGAGUAAUGCUUGGUUUAUGAAAGGAUAUAAACGAAUAGAAGCCCCUCCUUCACCCCAAGGUAAAGCAAGAAGCAAAUUACUACAAGACGUUCAUGCAGCUUUUGAUUCAUCAUCAGAUAGCAAAACCAGUAGCUCUCCUGUCAGGCCAACAAACUUCAAUGCCUUCGAUAUAAUCUCUCUUUCAAAAGGAUUUGAUUUAUCAGGAUUGUUUGAACAAGAUAGUAAUCAAAGGCUAGAGUCAAGAUUUACUAGCACAAAACCAGCAUCAGCAAUUGUUUCAAAAUUCGAAGAGAUAGCAAUGACAAAUGAGAGCUUCAAUUUUAACAAGAAAGACGGGACAGUGAAGUUGCAGAGCUGCAAAGAAGGAAGAAAAGGACAACUUGGUAUAGAUGCAGAAAUAUUUGAAGUAACACCUGCUUUUUUUGUGGUUGAGUUGAAGAAAUCAUCAGGAGAUACAUUGGAGUAUAAACAAUUUUGUGAUCGUGAAUUAAAGCCUUCUCUGAAAGAUAUUGUUUGGACAUGGCAAGGAACUGAGCAGCAGCAGCAGAUAUAAUAAAGUAUGGUUUUCUUUAUUUUUAUUCUCCUGCUAUUUAUAAUGUUAUGUACUUACAAGGGGAGGGCAACCACGUAUCGCAAACGACAUCAGUCUCCUAUUCAAAAAGAAAUUUGCAGCUGCUUCAAUACUUGUCUUUUCAUUUUUUUUUUUUUUUCUCCACUUUCAUCAUUUGUGCUAUGAAGCUCUGUGCAAGCAGAAGUUUAAAAAUACUAAUGAAACAAUAUAUAUUUUUUUUAA